AUGCAAGACCUUACAAAUUUAAAAUUUGAGGAGCAAGUAUAUAAAAUAACUAAGCAAAUACCAAUUGGAAAAGUGUCAACAUAUAAAUUAGUUGCUGAGACUCUUGGACGCCCUAAAGCUUUCCGUGCAGUUGGACAAGCGUUGAAAAAGAACCCAUAUGCACCCGCAGUUCCAUGCCAUCGUGUUAUUAAAUCCGACUUUUCAUUGGGGGGAUUUAAUGGAAAUCUCAGUGGACCAUUUCUUCAAAAAAAGAUAGAACUUUUAAAAUCCGAAGGAGUAUCGUUUUUAAAUGGUAAAGUAAACUCUAAAUUUGUUCAUGAUUUUAAAGAUUGA